AUGAGGCGGGAAAUGCGGAGUGAGGAAUACUUCAAGAUUGAAAAAGAGUGCAGUGCUGCGAUUGCCCUGGACGUGACAGAGACGGAUGCUUCGGUUGAUGCUGGGGUCAACGACGAUGCUGCUGCUAUGUUUACCGGCGAAGCAUGUGACGCCUAUGUCAAGGCCAUAGUCGGUCGAGUCGUGGCAUCUCAGAACAAGGACGAGGCUAUCCAGGGUAGAAAAUUGGUCCAGAGAAGGGUCAACGAGGCCCUCGAAAGAAUCGAGGAACGAGAGAAGUAUGAGAAGGAGAUUGACACGAUAUCUACCAACAUCAAAGCGGACGAAAAGCAACUGGCGGAGGAGCGGACAGAUAACAGCCAGGACGAAGAGAUCAAAAGACUCAAGGGAGAAGAAGAGAACAAGCAAAAGGUUGAGCAGGAGAAGGCAAAGGCGCUUUGGGAAGACCGCAAGAGGGCUGGAACGGAGGGUAAUUGGUGGGUGUAG